AUGUCAAAAAUAAGGAGGGUGAAAUCUCUGGCCGAGCAGAUCGCCGAGCUCGAAGAUCCACAACCAAAAGACUACGAUCCAGAAGAGGACGAAUAUGGCAGAAGUGAUGACGAGCAGGGUGAUGAAGCAGAAAGUCAAGAUAGCGAUGCUGGACGAGAACACUACGAGCCUGUGGGCAAGAGCAAGCUUAGGAAGCCAUCAGCACCUACACUGGGCCCAAAAUAUGCUGGCAGACGUGUUGGGCGUGACGCACUCGACGAUGACAGUAGCGAUAACUUACUGUCCGGUAAUGACGAAGAGGAUCCAGAGUCCGAACAAGAGCCUUCACCCUUCGGCUCAGACGAUGAUAGCGAGAGCAUUAGCGCGAACGACGAUGACAAGGACUCAGAUUCCCAAUCAGGACAAGAGGACGACGACUCAGUGUCAGAUAUGGAGUCAAUACAAGGCGACGCUCCCAUGACUGCUGUGAAGCCUCGCGAUCCUUUUGAUACGGCUAAGCUGCGCAAGCUCAUGAAUGAGCAAUCUAAGACCAUCGCCGCAACAGUCGGUGUCAAAGCCGACGCAGAAAAGGGUGUCGCUGUCAAGACCCAACGUAAGACCUUUGACACUCUUCUCAAUACGCGCAUCCGCCUCCAAAAGGGGCUCAUCGCCACAAACACCGCUACAGUACAGACCAAAGCAAGCUCAGAAACUCCGACCGAAGAUAUGGACUCCGCUCUCAAAGCCGCCGAAGUUGCGGCCCUGAACCUCCUCAACACUCUGACAGACCUACUACCGCAGACCACAACAGCUAAAGCGGGAACAAAGCGGAAACACGCCACGACAUAUACCACAGAUACCUCGUCCGAGCAUAUAUGGAGCAGCCUCACCGCAUCCGAAACUUCGCGCCUCCCGAUCAGGAACGCCAUCCUAGACCGCUGGUCAGAGAAAACCCGUCAAACAACUACUGCCGGCCCGCGUAGCCUCGCAGGAGACCAAGCUAUUCAGCCUUUAUCAUCUGUCCUCGCAUCCCAACUUAGCGAUCCAACACGUCUUAUUGUGCGCACGCAGACACCGCGUUCGUGCGCACCAGGCGUCACAGCCCUCACACCAGACAUCUACGACGACGCAGACUUCUACGGGCUAUUACUAAAGGAAUUAUUAGAGCAGCGGACCAGUGAUAGUAAUGGAGCUGCCGUGCAAGUGGACGAGGGACUGAGUGCGCAGUACCGUGCGGCGCGAGAAGCCAAGACAAGACGAGUUGUUGACACCAGGGCGAGCAAGGGACGCAAGUUGCGCUACACAGUACACGAGAAGCUGCAGAACUUCAUGGCGCCGGAGGAACGGGGGACGUGGAGUGAGAGACAAGCGGAUGAACUUUUCAGUAGUCUUCUCGGAAAAACGUCGCAGCUGGACGAGGAUGUACAAGUCGAAGACGCGGACGAUGAUGUUGGGGGCUUGGCACUUUUCUGA